CCCCCAACCCACCGUCUCCCAGGCUGUAACUCUGACCCGCGGCACUUUCGGCCCCACCCCCGCACCCAUGGCUUUCCAGGACACGGCCCACCACAUUGCAAGAGGGAUCUGCGCCGCCCCCACCAGCCAAAUAGCCAGGCCGGAGCAGAAGUUCGAUCGGGUGCCGCCGGGGUUGGCGGCUUCCAGCCCCCCGCCUGUGGAAGGCGUUGGCGGGCACCAGGAGCAGCCGGUCCUGCAGGCUGUCAUCCCACAGGCCGGCGAGUCAGAGAACGAGCCCGAACUCGACAGGCCAAUCGGAUACGGAGCCUUCGGAGUGGUCUGGUCCGUCACCGAUCCUCGGGAUGGGAAACAAGUGGCCUUGAAAAAAAUGCCGAAUGUUUUCCAGAACUUCAUCUCCUCUAAACGGGUCUUCCGCGAGCUCAAGAUGCUAUCCUUCUUCAAGCACAGCAACGUCCUCUCAGCUCUUGAUAUUUUGCAGCCUCCACAUAUUGAUUAUUUUGAGGAGAUAUAUGUCAUUACUGAGUUAAUGCAGAGUGAUCUCCACAAAGUCAUCGUGUCUCCACAAACUCUUAGCUCGGACCACAUCAAAGUUUUCCUGUACCAGAUACUCAGAGGGCUGAAAUAUUUGCACUCGGCAGGGGUUUUACAUCGUGACAUCAAACCCGGGAACUUACUCGUCAACAGUAACUGUGUCUUAAAGAUCUGCGACUUUGGCCUAGCGAGGCUGGAGGAGCCGGACCUUUCCAGGCACAUGACGCAGGAGGUGGUGACGCAGUACUACCGGGCCCCGGAGAUCCUGAUGGGCAGCACCCACUACGACAGCUCCAUUGACAUCUGGUCGGUCGGCUGCAUCUUCGCCGAGCUGCUGGGCCGGAGAAUCCUGUUCCAAGCGCAGAGUCCGAUCCAGCAGUUGGACCUGAUCACUGAUCUCCUGGGGACCCCUCCAGCCUUGGCCUUCCACAGUGCCUGUGAUGGAGCCAAGGCCCACAUCCUAAGGGGGAGACCGAAAGCGGUCGACAGCCUGGCAUUCCUCCAAGGGGCCCAAGAAGGACGAGCGAUGAACACCAGAGACUGGCUCUUGUCACAGCUAUCUGAGUGACACCCCAGGGUGACACCGAGGGAGGACAUCACAGACCCCGCGCCACUCUCCUUGAGAACAGCUGGCUGCUGGACCCUGGUCCAGACCUGGCCCAGACUGCACCUGCAACAAGGGGACAACUUUGGUAAUCUUCAGGAGUACGUAGCCCACAGCGAACACGUCUGGAACAUUGGACCCACACUGCCCUGUACACCAAUCUCUGUUUAUACAGGGUGAGGAUCACUCACUGUGUAACUGUGCAGAGUCACUGUUUAUUCAGCAGGGUAAGGGUCACUCACUGUGUAACUGUACAGAGUCACUGUUUAUUCAGGGUAAGGGUCACUCAC